AUGCUGUGUCCACAAGUCGUGAAGAUGCAUCAAAACAUAUCCCCUUACGACGUUCUAAACAUGAACCCCCUACUCCUCUGGCUUCGCAAAUGUUUCUCCAACCUACCUCGGGCCUCUCGCAUCAUCUUCAUCUCUGGAUGUAUAAUUUUCACCAUCGUCUUUAUGUACAGUACCCGCGAAAUUCGCAUCGUCGAAUUCCCCCAAGAAUUAGUCGAUCAGCACGUCAUCAAAGACGAUGGUGGCUUCUACCGAAUCCUGAAAGGUCCCAUGCCGAGCGUGAAUCUCGUCGUGGCGGCAACGAGCAAGGAAGACUACUCAUGGGUCAAAGAGUUGAAAGUCCCGGGAAUGAAGGUGGUGCCAUAUAUUGCGGACGAUCUAAAUGCGACGCAUCACGCACAGAAGAACAAGGGUCAUGAAGCGAUGAUGUAUCAUCAGUAUUUCUAUGAUUUUUAUGAUAAUUUACCGGAUAUAUCAAUCCUGAUACAUUCGCAACAGAGGUCCUGGCAUAUUGAGCAAUUGCUUGAUCAGAGCAUGAGCUUCUCACUCAACCACCUCGACCUCCGCGAAGUCCAACGCCGCGGCUUCCUCAACCUCCGCGUAACUUGGGGGAUAGGCUGCAGCUCAGGCUCUAUGAACACCACCAGAGUCAACGAAGAAUCAAGUACAUCGCCCGAGCAGAAAGAAAUGCAAGAAGCGUUCCGAGCAAAUUUCAACGUCUACAACGUCCCUGAGAUCCUAGCCACGCCCUGCUGUUCCCAGAUCGCAGUCACGAAAGAGCGCAUUCGGAGUGUACCGAGAGAGCAGUAUCAACAUCAUAUCAAGUGGUUGCUGGAUUCCAAUCUGAGUGAUAGUAUAAGCGGCAGGACUUGGGAGCAUAUGUGGCAGUACCUCUUCCUCGAGAAAUCUAUCGACUGUCCACUCGAACAUAAGGCGUAUUGUCGCCUCUACCACAUCUGUUUCGGCGGACGCGAGGAGUACGAAGAAUGGAUUGAGCUUAACCAAGGCCGGUCACAGCUCGAGAAGGAACUCGAAAAACUUGUCAAAGUGGCAGAGCAGCCUCUGAGGAAAGACAAGGAUGGGAAGAUUGUGGAGGACAAGCAGAACGAGAAGGUCUUGACGGAUGCGGAGAUAAAAUCCAAGGAGACGAUGAAGAAGUGGUUGGAGAAGGAGUUGAGGACGGUGAGAGAGGCGAUCAGGGUUAGGAGGGAGGUGGCGGUUGUGAGGGGGAGUGUGGAGGCUAAUAGGGUUGCGGAAGGGGUGAAUCUGUAUGGUGAUGAGGUGGAGCCUGGGGUGGAGGACAAGAUCUUCCCGCAGACGGUGUCGAGUGUGGUCGCUAGUAGUACGGCUUUGUCUUGAGUAUUGGCGAUCAUGUAUUCAUAGAUGUGUCACUGUAGCGUUUGUUGUUCGAUCAUAGGGCGGUUUGAACCACUAAAUUCAAUUGCAAAUGCCGUUGAGAUAAAAGUAUUUCACGAAAUAUAUCUGUAGUCUUAGUUAGAACGAAAAGAG